GGAAGCGAGGCCUGCGGACAUUUUGAAUACGCGGUCUGGUGCGGGCGGGUAAAGACGUCUGCAUUGUUGUCGCCUCGCAGUUAUUUAUUACAUUUAUUACACCCUCACCGCUAAACCCCCACUACUCCUCAACCCGCCUCAUAUAAUUAUUUAUUUCCCGCUUCGAUCGCAAUAAAAAAACGUUGUUUUUGCGAGUCGAAGAGGAACGUCCCCGUAGGAAGCGCCUCCUCGUGGUUGAAUCGCCGCUUCGUGAGGGGUGGUGGUGGUGGUGUUAUUUUUUACUGGCGCUUAAAAGAAGGCGGUAGGGGAGAGAAAGAGAGAGACGCGCGCGCUAAGAUGUCGGGUUCCGCCGUGGUUGAAGAUCCAGCCUCGCUCACCAAGGAGAGACUCAAGUCGGAGCUACUCGCGCACAAGGUGGCGCUGCCCACAGGCGAGCAGAAGAAGGAGGUGUACGUGAAGCUCUACCUGAAGCACGUGACACCCAAGCGGAGCGGUGUGCGAGCCCGGGCCGGCCUGCGUGCCGACUUCUCCAGUGAUGAGGAGGAGCAGCAACCCCCACGCGCCUCUCCAAACAGGAAGUCCACCCGGAAGACGGUGGUGCAGGUGACGCCAGUCAAGGAGACUGUGACGAUCACGGAGAUCAUCGAGGAGAAGGAUAUCACCAAGAUGUCCGACAUGGAGCUGUUGAAACUGCUCUCGCAAUACGGCUUAAACUCUGGACCCAUCAUUGCCACCACGCGGAAGGUGUACGAGAGCAAGCUUAUGAAGGCCAUGAAGGAAGGCACCCCGGCAACCAACACGAAGGCCGUCGAGGAAGCCUACAGUGAUGACGACGACGAAAACAAUGGGAAGGAAGCUGCAGAAGCCAAAGACAAGGAGGUCAAGGAACCAAAAGGCAACAGCAUUCAGACUCCGCUGGCAUCUCGCUCGACGCGGUCGGCCAAAGUCAAGGUGACCAAGGAGACCACCACGACCACCAUGACCACCACAAGUACCAUGAGCAAGCGAUCUUUGAAAAACUUCAAAGAGCCAUCUAUAGAGGUCAUGUCUUCUCCCAAAGGAAUCAACGCCACUCGGCGCCGGCCCCUGCACUCCUCGGCAGAGCCCUCGGCCCGCGGAGAGGACCUGCUGGUGCGCCGCGAGACGGUGACGGUGACUUCGGCCGCUCCCGCCUACGCACGAGCUAACGCACAGCUCGCGCCCGCCAAGCCGGUGCGUGCCACUGACAGCGGCACGGCGACGCGUGCCGUCGCCCACCGCCGCUUCCCCGUGUGGCUGCGCGUGCUGCUCGUGUUGGCACUGGUGGUGUUCCUCGCGCUGGUCUAUGCCAACAUGGAAAGCAACGAGCCCAAGCCUACUCCACCCAAGGAUAGUCGGGACGUCUAACCUGGGUUUUUUUUUUUUGGGGGGUAUUACGUACGUACAGUAUAUAUAUACUUUUUGUUAAUUUUUACAAAAAAAAAAAUGUUGGGUUUUUUUUUAUUUUAAUGACGUACCACUCUGCACGGUUUUUUUUGCCAACGGAAAUUCAAAGCACACAGAAAUAAUAAUCUGCCUUCCAUUCACUCGGACGAUGCCUAUCUUGUUUUGCUGUAGUUCCAAUAUAGUUUGGUAGUUGGUUUAAUUCAUCACCAAAUUGAUAGCCAGUGGAUUGGAUACUGCAGAAUUGACAUCUUGCGAUUUUUUUUUUAACAUGGUCUCUUUUAAAUAAAAUGCAUUAAGUGUUUCAGGAAUCACAAAAUAUGAUGUUACCCAACCGUUGUUUGUGCUAAAUUCGACUACGUUUUUAUCUUUUUAACAUAAAGCGUUGCAUCUCUAAAUGUUUUGAAAGCGUAUACGUUCGCAGUUGAGAAUGUAUAUUUUGUAGGGAAUUGGUGAAGCCUACGAAUGUAGGAAAGAAAAAAUUGUGAAAAAAUAAUGUUCCCGUAUUUAACUGCCUUAAAACUGUUAACUGUGAUCUGCAGAAUGCGGACAUGUUUUUGCAAGUGUCCAAAGUCAUACUGCCUACCAGAGGUGGUGUAUUUUAAUGUAUCCCAGUCACAUGCAGCAGAAAUUUGGGUUUGUAAGUUAUUCGGCGAUCGAUAAGAAAUGUUUUGGCUUUUUAAAAAGGGUGGUCAUGUAUUUUUUGUCUGCAAAUAUCAGAGUGCAUUUGUUAAAAUAACAAAAAAAUAACAAAAAUACAACUAGAGUACAUUUUGUAUUGUAUUUAAAGAUACUAUAUUGAAGAUUUGAAGCUUUUUUUUACGACAACGUUGAAUUUUAAAUGAUGAAAUGCAUGGUUUUUAAAACAAUUGGUUACGUAUUUAAUUGGAGAGGAUUGGCGCUUGCAGAUGGGACAGAUUUUAAGGACAGUUGGCAGCUAUCCAUAUGGCAUAUAUCGCCGCCUUGUAGUUUGGGUAUUAGCAUUGUUUGUGUACGAUACGAGGAAUUUUAACUCUAGUAGAUUACAUUUACUUUAUAUAACUUGUAUUAUGCUUCGUAGAAUGAUGCAUCUUAACUGCUUGUAAAGAAAUUCAAAGUGGCUUCUUUGUAAACGGCGUGUAACAUGCUGAAACCAACCACUUGGCUUUUCUACUCUUUGCCUGUUUAACCUCAAGCCACACUCUGCCGUUUGGAAGAUUGGGUGCAUUCUCACGUCAUGUGAAACGAUGGCUAAUGCGAAUUUACAGAGGCGCACGCUUGUCUUCAUGGGCAUUGAAAGUGCCUAAAUGCCGCUCUUAAGGCCAAUUAACACAUCCCGGGUUUUUCCUGAUCAACUGUGCUCUCAGAAACAUUUUUCCACAAAUAUAUUUCAAGAUCUGCGCGCUCACAAGUUAUUGCUGGCCCUAGUUGGGGUUAAUGGUAAUUCACCAAAGCACAGCUUGAUUUAAAAUCGGAAGGGACUAUUCCAGCAAGAUAAAGGGCUUAAAGCAUAUUUAAAAGCAGCUUAUUCACCUUUUGUAGAUGUAUAGGUAAGCUUUAACUUAAUACACUUUUACAGUACACUUGGCACUUACAUGCUUUUGAGCGGUUAACCAUUUGGUGCCCGUCACAUUCGAUAAGUUGAAAUUUUCAUUUAAACGGUAGCACAAGUGGAAAGUGUUCCAGCUCAACACAGCAACCUGCCAUUGCAUGUGAGCCGCUGUUGCGUGCAGUGGCAGUCUCUUAUCACGAAUUAUUUAAAUGUGUACUGUUGAAAUGCACUUAACAUACCAAACAGUACUUGUAUUUAACAAUUUGCAUUGCGAAACUGCAAACUCAAUUAAGCAUUUAAGCAAAUUACCUGAUGCGAACAUGUCAUUUGUUUCUGGAGUUGCCCUUCUCCAUGUUACUCAAAAACGUAUUUGUGGCGAAGUAACAAUUGCACAUUGGAUUUAAAGUAACCUAUACAAUAAUUAUAUGCUCAAAGUGGGAAUAAUUCAUUAUACACCUUUCAAGGCUAUUUGUGUGGUGGUUGGUGCAUAUUUCUGGAAGUUGUACAUCCGUGAAAAUUUGCGUCUUCCAAUUUCUUUACAACCAGUUGUCGCGUUCGGUUGCGCGCACGUAUGUUAGAUAAGAUAAAUGUGUUUUAAGUCAAUGAAGAAGCAAUACAACUUUCACAGAAGGUCACGUGGUGUCAAAUGAUGUUCAUACUUUGCAGCUUAAGGUGUGUUACCUUGUGUGGGAUUCCUAGGAUAAUGAGGAUUUGUUAGGAUUUGGAGAGAAUGCCUGCAAUGUAAGGUACUCUUGAGAUUCCUAGGAUCGUAAGGAUUCCUAUAGAUGCAGUUAAGAGGGCCUGCUCAGGACCACACAGCCCCAUCCAAUCAAUUUGGAUUAAGAAUGUUUUUUUUAGCAUAUAGAGUGAAUCGCCUUACAAAGCAAAGUGUGAACCUAAAUACAUACGUCACCUAACAGAAGGAUGAACUUGUGCCCGUUAAUGAUGGAAUCACCUCCGGUGUGAAAUAAGUUAUACAUACAUACGAAGCUACAAGAAGCUUGUCACAUUUUUUAACAAUUUGUAUGUAAAAAUGUGUAAGAAAAUCAUGUGAAUUACCUCUUAUCAUUUUGCAAAUGAUGACAAUAACAACAGCAACAUGUUUUAAACGCCGUGUUUCAUUACUUAAUUUUUUGUAAUAGAGUUAUUUUUACUAUAAGAAAAAUAUCCAAAAAGAUGGCUUCGUCUUAUGUUGUGUUCCAGGCCAUAUAACGUCUCGUUAAUGCCGCAAUUCAUUGUAUUUUUUCACGUAUUAACAAGUAUAAAGCGUUAUUGAUGUUGAGAUGUAGUACAUGUGAAGUUGGUGGGAAUGUUCAAAUUUUUUAGAGAUUGUACAAGGAAAUAAAAAAAAGAUUGUUAGAAGUUGUGGGCAACUAUGGGCAUUGAUUGAACUCGUUAUUGUACCUACUUUUAGCCGACUGCCACAUCUGCUAAAGUGCAUUUUUGUUUUAGCUCUCUUGAACUUUGAGCUGGAAAAUACGUACAAUUUAUUAGAAAAUCCGGGGUUGUGUUUUUUCUUCAUUUUUUGUUAGCAGAGCAAUUAAGAGAACACAUGAAGUGAAAAAUGCACUUGAGCAGCAGAGCUGUUUUAAUACAUGAAAUGCGAUUUUCAACCCUUCUGAUUGUAGUUUUUACUUUUAUUCUGUAUACCAGACUUGUGUUUGUAUUUUGUAGCCUGUAUAUGAAGCAACUCCAAAAUAUAGUGCUUUGUGUGAAAUCUCGA